CAGUGUGCCUGCACAUCCCUAAGAGAAGACACUAAAUAGCAAUUCUCUCUGUCUUGUUAUUACUCGAUAUUGUACUAAAGCCAUCUUUGUUUUUACUUUACUGUUUACUGUGUUACUUUCAAAAUUCAUAAGGAGAAAAAAGCUAACUGAGAAGGAGAUCACAAUGGGAGCAUCAGAAUCAACAGAAUUUGAUAAACCAUGGAGGGAAACACCCUGGGAAAACAGAGAACUUUUGCAGAAGAACCUCAGGGAGCUCACGCUGAGCGAUUCAAAGGUUAAGUACGUCAGGAUCUUGCUAGCUGGACAAGUGGGAGCAGGAAAGUCCAGCUUCAUCAACUCAGUCAAUAGUGUUUUUCAAGGACAAAUCACAACAGAAGCCCUUGCUGAUUGUGUGUCUGGUACAAGUUUUACAAAAACAUACAGAACAUAUUACAUGGGAAAUGGACAAUCACUUCUGCCUUUUGUCUUCAAUGACAUGAUGGGCUUAGAAUCUGGAGAUUCAGAGGGUGCCGAUCCAGAAGACAUUGUCAAAGCCCUUAAGGGUCUCUUGAAGGAAGGAUACGAUUUCAAUCCAACUGAUUCUGCUAAAAAGAAGGGCUACAGAAGUAAAGCAAGCAAGUCUGAGGAUCUGACACACUGCCUGGUCUACGUCAUCGCAGCUGACAAGGUAUCGAUGAUGAAUGAUGAAGUCUUCAAAAAGAUUAAAUAUAUUAGACAGAAGGCCAGCGAACUGGAAAUUCCUCAGGCAGUCAUCAUGACGAGGGUGGAUGAAGCAUGCCCACUAGUCCGAGACGAUCUGAGAAAAAUCUACACUAGCAAGAAGAUAAAACAAAAGAUGCAGGAGUGCUGUAAUUUAGUCGGUGUCCCUGUGAGCCACAUCUUCCCUGUGAAGAACUACCAUGAGGAGAUCGAUACUCAAAAUGACAUGGAUGUGCUGAUCCUGAGGGCUCUCACACAGAUUGUGCACAUAGCAGACGAUCUACUGAAGAAGAGAAAAACUGAAUCGAAAAAAGGAUGUUGUUUCCUAUGAGGCUGUUAAAAAUUGAUUUAUGGUGCACCGGGAAAUGGUAUGUACUCCAAUGGUUGAGCUUACAGAGAGGGAGAUGUACGUAGUUAUGAAUUCUUUGUUCUUUGCCACUUCUCAUCUGUCACUUGACAAUAGAAGCGCCAUUAAUAAUACAAUCUCCACCCUGUCUCUUCAUUUAUGAUCCGACAAAAUCUUCACUUGAUCAGCCUCAUACUGGAGGCUGGACACAUAGUGUUUCCAUAACGAUCAUUUGCUGUUGCCAACAUGGGAGUAAGCUAUUUCUGUGUAUUAGCAAGACUUCUGAGUGAUUAGCUGCUAUAGGUACAUAAGAAAAGAAUAACAGUAAUUUAACUGCAGUAAAUAGUAGCCUAAAUAAAGCAGCUGAUUGUGCAGCCAAAAUAAUUUGCAAAAAUAUCUUGCUUUUUUGGCCCUUCGUUACACCCUUGCCAACUUUUUUGAGACCUGUAGAAGGCAUCACAUUUGAAAUGAGCUCAUUUAGUGGAUAAAAGUGUAAAAUUCUCCAUUUAAACAUUUGUUAUGUUCUCCAUGUACUAUUGUGAAUAAAAUAUUGGCUCAUGUCAUUUGAAAAUCUUUUAGUUUCAUUUUAUUAAAAAAAAAACAAAAACAAAAAACAUUUCCGGAAUUCGGUUUGUAAAUUCGGGGGCAGUCCUAGGGUGAGCAGAUAUCUGGGGCAGGCAUGUGUGCACAACACCUGCACUU